AGAGACAGAGAGAAGAAAAGGGAGCGAGCGACAGAGAAAGAAAGAGGAGAGAAAAUGAGAAAGACAAGAGAGAGAAGACGAACAAGAACCGAUUUGGAUUUUUGAUUCAGAUUUUUUUCUCUCCCCAAAUUUCCCAGAAAAAACCACCGUCUCCGACGACCGACGCGUCGUUUCUUCGCCUCCGCUUCUGAUCCACACGACGUCGUUUCGGCCGUGAUCGUCGUUUUUUAAUUUUCGCCGGGAAAAUCUUCCGACUUGGCGCGGUUGAGAGAUUGGGAGGGAAAACAAGGCCGAAUUGGAGGAGGGAGGAUUGGGAUUAGGGUUUUGAGGAGUUGAUUUUGGGGGUUUGCGAUGGGUCUGGGCAGCGGUGAGGAGGCUGUGGUGGAAGAAAGCGAUGGUGUCGGUGGCGAUAGUGGUGGUGGUGGUUGUGGAGGCAAGUCGUACGGUGGCUCUGUGUCGUGCUCGAUUUGUCUUGAAGUCGUCGCCGAUAAUGGGGAUAGAUCUUGGGCCAAGCUGCAAUGUGGCCAUCAAUUUCAUCUAGAUUGUAUUGGUUCGGCGUUUAAUAUAAAGGGUGCAAUGCAAUGCCCUAAUUGUCGGAAGAUCGAGAAAGGUCAAUGGCUUUAUGCAAAUGGCUGCCGUUCAAUUCCGGAAUUUAGCAUGGAUGACUGGAACCAUGAUGAAGAUCUGUAUGAUCUAAGUUACUCCGAGAUGUCCUUUGGUGUUCACUGGUGUCCAUUUGGUAGCCUAGCUCGACUUCCUUCGUCAUUUGAGGAAGGAGAGUUCUCACCCACUUCAUAUCAUGAUUUACUUGGACAACAUGCCAUCUUUGCUGAGCAUACAGCUGUAUCAUCUGCUGGUCAUCCUUGCCCGUAUAUUGCUUACUUUGGACCAGUUCACCCCUCAUCCUCUAAUUCUAGUGGCAGUAUUUCAGAAGCUUCCAACUUUAACCAUCAUUGGACGGGCACAACUUUACCUAGUGAACUACCAAGCUCCUAUGCUUUUCCUGCCAUGGACCUUCAUUACCCCAGUUGGGAUCAUCAUUCCCCUCCAUUCUCUACAAACAGCAAUCAUAUUGGUGGAGUUGACCAAACGCCAAUCCCAUCUGUGACUCAAAGAUCUGCUAGGCCAAGUUCGGAGAUACCAAGAUCAGGAUCUUUCAUGCAUCCAUUUCUUGUUGGUCACAGUUCUAGUGCGAGAGCCGGCAGCUCAGUCAUGUCUUCAAUGAUUCCUCCUUAUCCAGGCAGCAAUGCUCGGGCUCGCGACAGAGUCCAAGCUCUUCAGGCAUACUAUCAACAGCAACAACCUAGUAAUUCCCCAACCAUGCGCACACCCAUGAUUUCAGGAGCCCGAAGAACAAGCAAUCAAAGAGGUUUGCCUCAAGUAGGGCCAGUGGCUUCAUCAUCAGAUCAGAAUGGUGGUUUCUAUUUUUACCCUUCUGGUUCAUCAGGCCGUAACUACCAAGAAGCUGAAAAUCCUUUAUCUACUCGUUUUCAUGCAUGGGAAAGAGAUCACCUGCCUUCAUUCUCGAUGAAUCAGGUUGACCGUGAUCCUGGUUGGGCUGCUCUUCACCAUGCUGGAAGUGGAUCAGAGUCGACGGGAAUCAGGGGAAACGGCUUACGGCGGCAUGGGUCUGAGAGGACAUCUUCACAAAAUCGAUCAUAGGCUUUUCUCCUUAUCCUUGUUGGUGAAGUAAACUACCACUACUAUAACUGAAAUCCCUAAAUUAUGUAUGCUUGAGAAAUGAUAUAUAAUGCUCGGGGUCUGUCAUGACCUGACAGGCUCCAAGUAACUGUGGUGGCCCUGAAAAUGUUGUCUAUAGUCACAUGGUGGUGUGAUGGACUUAAAGUCUCCUCUAGUUUCUUCGCCUUGAGGAUAUGAAAUAAGAUGGUGUUAAUGGCAAAUGUUGGAUUUGAGUGAAUACUCUCUCGGCCAUGCUAUCUCCGAUGAUCCUGUCAUCCUGGUUUGACAAAACCAAAUUAUUCUUCUGUCUUUGAGUUAUAAGUGGAUCAUUAUUUGUGCCAAAAAUAUAUUUGAACAAUUGUUGGUAAAGAAAUGAAAUCUUUACCAAUUAUUCCAACACAAGGAGUGCUUGAACUUGUGCUGAACAUAAGUGAACUGCCUAUGACAAUGAUCCAGCUUCCAAAUUU